AUGCCUCACAGAUGCACAAAUCUCAAAUUAUUACUUUUGAUUCCUUUGAACAUACCAACAAUAAAGAUUUCACUGCCACAAGAUAUAGCCUUUGUUGUUAAUAAACAUAAUCCUAAAAUUCAUGGUUUUGCGCAUGACAAAAAACAUUCAAAUAUUGAUUUGAAAGUUUUAAGGUUGGAAAAAAAUAGAAAGAAGGGUGGUGCUGUUACUCAGGGUGUGUUAUCAGCCAGUGGUAAAUAUGUUUUAUUUGCUGAUGCAGAUGGAGCAACAAAAUUUUCUGAUUUAGAAAUUUUGGAGAAAGGAACAAAGAAAAUUGUGAACGAUGAUGGUUUUGGUGUUGGUGUUGGUUCUAGAUCUCACCUAGUAAAUACUGAUGCCGUAGUAACG